AUGUCUAUACCGAGCUUACCCGUUGAAAUCCUAUACAUGGUCGUCCAUCAGAUAAUAAACGAUCUCUAUCCUGAUGCGGAUCGGGGCACCGGUCAUCGACGUCUACUCAACCCUCCGCAAUCUGCGAGACAUUACGCCGUUCUGACACGCGCAGCUGCUCGCUCGAUGGACCUGAUGUUCAAAGCACUUCUCCAAUGUUUAUGUCUUGUACAACCACGACUGGAAUCCAUAUAUUUCAAUGGCGACUUUAAGGAAACUUUCACCAGAGAUUGGGUCGAGUCGUGGUGGGACAAUCUCAGACUGGAUUAUCUUACAGCGCUGUACUUUGACGGCAUACCUUUCAACAACGAAGGUUACAUUGAGGCGGAGGACCGCCAGGAACGUAUUGAAAAUGCUCAGACUGCACUUGCUGCUUGGCUGGAAAAGUCGCACAGUACCCUACAGUCUCUUGAAUUGGACCGAACUCAGGGAGAGCACGAGCGGAUGACAUGGCGGUCUAUCUCGAGACUUGAAUUUCCUGAGCUUCGAUGGCUUGAGCUGACAGGUAUCUCGAUUUCGCCGGCCCUGCUAGCAGGAGACCUGAAGUGCCUUCCUCGACUACAGGAGGUUCUCCUGGAGGACUGUUACACCGAAGGAGGUAGUAGCGCAUGGAAGGUAUUUUUCGACACCAUCCGAGAACAUUCAAACAAGGUACGACUCGUCCCCAAAGACAUUGAUCCAGUCGACGACCACUUCCAGGAGGACAUGAUGUGGAGUUUCGCCUCUGAUGGAAUGGGACCUCGUAAGGAUCAGACUCAGAAUCCACUUUCCGCUGCCUUGGAUAAAGAACUCGCUCUCUAUCUUUCAGAUCAGGGUCGUUGGACCCAAAGCAUGGAGGACUUCUUUGCAGACUUCUGA